AUGCCUUACAGCCGCGCUCAAGAACGUCGUGCGAAGAAGAAGUCCCAGUCCGGGCGAAACUCACCCAUGACUUCGUCUACCGCUAGUCUUGCAUCGUCAUCAGACACAGCAAGGAAGUCACCUGCACUUUCAGCUUCCUCAAACCCCACAUACCUAGUUACUAGCUCCAGUUUGGACGGUGCAGAUACACCGUCAACUACUGAUUUGGUUGCCAUGAGAGAAGAAGCCGUAGUCGUCGCUAACAGUGCUGCUACAUUGUUACAAACAAAGACCUCUUCCAAUUCCAAACGAAGUCUUUCGGCAACAGCGAGAGAAUUCAUACCAUCUGCUUCUGCCAGUCCAAUUACCGCCGAUAUUACUAUUUCAAGAGCGUCAGGGGCAGAGAUCACCCCAUCCAGUUCGCCUGAAUCUUUCACUCAUGGCCCAACAACUAGAGCACCUAGAAGCCAAAGUCGUUUGAGAUUUUUCCAGAAUUCUGCUCCCAACGAUGACCUCGAAGUGUCACCAAUAGCUCUAGAUAGCAGCAUUGUGGAAUGCGGAGAAGUCAUCAGUCGAACAGCUUCCCCUGAAACCUACGAUUCAAAUUCGAACUACGGAUACCAACACGUCCGCUUCCAAGAACACUCCCCAGAUUCUGCACACCCAAAACCCGGCCAAUUCAUCCUGCCGUCCGAAAACGAAAUCCGAGCAUGGCAGCGAAACGUCGAACACCACAUAACCAUCAUCUCCAACCUCCGAAUAAUGGACGAUCAAAUCCUCAUCGCCGUCGGAGACUGGAGCCGCGAGAUCCAAGAAGGCCUCGAAACCCAAAGACAACUUGAAGACCAACAUGACUGGGACCGCUUGGUUCCAGCUGAAGUCUACGAGCCCAAGGCAUGGGAGGCCCAGAUGAAUGCUAUCGUGCUCAAUAUGACUGCUGAUGGACAUUCGGAGGAGGCGAUUAAUCUUUUCCUUGCCCAGGUGAAAGCACAUCAUCACCGUAUGUGGGAAUUUAUGUUGGCAAUGCAGGAGGUGCAAAUUGAUGCUUAUAGAUUUCGAAUGCUUACUGAGUGGGCAUAUCAUACCCCUCAGCGCGUAGGUAGCGCUAGUUGCGAAGAGGGCUCAGUGACUCCAAUCAUGAGCCCAAUCCCUAUAAACACUGGUCGGGUGGUUUAA